AUGCAAAGUCCGCAAAAGAGUGCUCUUUCCGAGAAUUCGUUCAGCCACAUGAGUAGCACAGACAACACAACGGAGAUGCGCGACACGCGCCCUAAAACCAAGCGCAACAGGUUGCCGCUCUCGUGCACCAUUUGCCGCAAGCGCAAGGUCAAGGUAGGUAUACGUUGUUGUUUUACUAACACCCAGUGCGACCGAGGACGCCCUCAUUGCAAAGUGUGCGAGAAGUACAAAGUGGCGUACUUAUGCACGUACCAGGACUCUUCCUGGAUAUCUGAGAAAAAUGACAAGUCGUCGUAUCCCCAGAUGGCCCCGACGCCCGAGUCCCCGAUGUAUGGCAACAGAAGUUCCCUAGAUCAGUCUCCUAGCGUUGUUUCGCCGUUCACCCAGAUAUCAUCGCAGUACGACACGCGCGAGCCCAAGAGACAACAUCUGUCGCCCGACAGAGGGUACAUCGAUAGCCACCACCGUUUCAACAGCUUUGCGUCAACGUCGCCGUACGUCAUUCCAUCUGUCAACCACAACGGCUCGAACGAGCGCACCACCUCGCAGCCACCUCAGGGACUAUCCCAGGACGUCGAAAAACCUGUGAUGAACGAGCUGCAGCUGCUCAAGGAGAAGAUCAGACAGAUCGAGGCGUCGAUCGCCGUGGCAGACCUGUCCCAGCCAAGAAUACACAAUCCUCCACAUCUUCCGCCCCUGUCGUCUCAGGUUCCGUCCCAGACGCCCACGCCGAUUGCCGCGCCCGUGCCCUACAGAAGCCAGCUGCCGCCGAUCCAGUCUUGGAACAGCAACAAGACGUACAAUUUGCCUCCGCUCAAGUCCUCGCCGCCUGUGCCGCAGCACGGAGACAGCGUGGCAAACUCGGUCGUGCCGCCGGACUCGGGCAUGGACCCGGUGGACGCCUUCAACUUCUACAAUCACUACGUGCCCGUUCAUCUUCUUCACGCGCGGACCAGCAACCACGGGCCGUUGAUGUGGGUGACCAUGAUCAAAAAAGACCAGUUUCUGCGUCCUCUGUGGUUCAAGAUCGCCGAGUACAAGAAGAAGAAUAAGCUGCCAGCAGUUUUGCAGGCUCAGCUGUCCGCGAACGGGGGUCCUGAGGAUAAGGAGUUUAGACAGAAGAUCUACGAGACCGAAGGAGUGGUAGAUCUGCUCCCGUACAAGUCUGACAAGAAAGAGAAGAAAACGCCCCUCACCGUUGAGCAGAUGCGAGACAAUAUACGCAAGGACGUGGCGCUGAACCUCUACGCCAACAAAGACCCCGACUCUCGCACGAUAACGCAGAUUUUGAAAUCGCUUCCCAACAGAAAAGUGAUGUGGCUUCUGGUGGACAGGUUUUUCAAGUAUGUGUAUCCUUUCCUCCCAAUCUUGGACGAGAAAUCGUUUGUUGCCGACAUAGAGGCAAUCACUGGGCCACGCGAGUACGAGGAGACAGAGAUCAAAACGCUGAAGAUCGACCGCAGACUGAAUUUUGCUGUUAUUGGCUCGCUUCUUAUUAUUUUGCGCAUGGCCCACCUGUCUCUUCACUCAAACUUCGAGGAAAUAAAGGGGUUUCCACAACGAUCGGAACAGGAAAAGUACUUGCUGCGGCACCCGAUCGAUAUGGAAAUCAUUACCGUUGCCCAAUUAUGUCUCAAUCAGUUUAAGCUGCUGAAACGCUGUGCUUUAAGCGUUUUCCAGUGCGCGCUUCUGAUGAAAGAGUACCGAUUUAUUGCUCCCGAGGACGGAAGCGAUGGUUUUGGAGACGGCGAGGGCCAAAUUUUCACCGGUAUGUUGACGCAAAUGGCGAUUUCUAUCGGCCUGAACAGAGAUCCGGACCAGUUCUCCAUGGUGUGCGAGACCAAGAAGCUCAACAAUCUCUGGAGGAAAAUAUGGUUCAGAUUGAGGGAUUCGGAUGUGUACCACGCGUCUCAGAUGGGAAAUCCGCUCACCAUACGUGCUGACCAGUUCGACACCAAGAUACCAGUUUUCGACUCAGAGCUGUCGAAUACCGCAGACCUAGCACUCGAACAGGUGGUGAUUGAUUGUUUGAGCGAGCGUGGCGAACUAAACGACCUAAUUUCCGAUCUCACAAGCACAGUACUUGACAUCACUCGAAAAUCGACCGUGGAGACCAUCCUGCGGAAAAUAGAGGCCAUCGAAAGCUUCAUCAAGCGCCGUUUUGGCUCCGUCAAAGAUAUCCUGACUCUCGACAAGGGCAGCCAUUUGGAAAGCAUCAAGAAAGUGUACCGGAUCAUUGGCUAUUUGGAGGCCCGGUCGUUGGUGCAUCCGGUGCUGUACCAUAUUUUCCUGUUCUACAGCUGCAGAGCGAACUUGCGGGCUUGUUCCUACCUGAUGAGAGUCACGCUACAGAAAGUGGUUGAGGUCAACUCGCUCUUCAUGCAGCUUCUCAAACGGAACUUUUCGUUUUUCGGACUGGGCUUUGAUCUCAUACUAACUCCUAUUUUGGAGUCUUCGAUGCACAAAGCACUACAGUUCCAGUUCUCGCUUUUCAUCCGCGCACGACACCACAAAUACCGGCUUAUCGGACAGUCCCCUCAGCCGGACCGCAAGCUGAUUGCCGCCAUCACCAAGUUCACCGACGACACCAUACUGCCAAACAUCAAAAUAUACCUGCGGGGCCUGACUCUGAUCUCGAAAAAAUACUUUUACGCCUGGAGAAUGAGCAAAGCACAAAACAUCGUUCUCAAGCUGAUGGAAGAUUCAGAUGUGUUUUUUGAUGAGAAAGAGCUAUUCGGUAACGCAGCAGAUAUUUUCGAGGGGUACACAGUGGCUGACUUUGAGCUGCUGUCGGAGAUAGGGAACAUGAAGCGAUAUGUCGUGCAUCCUGCUACCAGCGACUGUUCUUCGAAUCGGGACGUUCCAGACGACGUCGCAAGCAGUAGUUCCGAAUUCCUCGACCAUACGCCAGACAAUCAGGAGGUCGACAACUUCUGGCUGGAACUCAUUUUCCGGUUCAAUUCCAAUGUGGCCUCCAAAAACGUUCCUCAAUCCGAGUCUGUACCCGAGAGCGCAUGGACGGGCUCGUUCGAGGGCCUGACGCCUGGCGGCUCCCUCGAGGAUACGUCGACCUGGGGAGGCUUUCCUCAGGAAGGAUGUGCAAUUGAGAUCGACCAGCUUUUCAACGACGCUCCCAUGUUUGACAAUGUGGAUUUUCUCAACACCGAUUUGCUCCAAGAAAAAUAA